UAUUUUUCUCCCCGAAGCAGCUGACGAUGUAAACAAGAGAAGACGGUCGAGGGCAGCGGGGAUCGAACAGGCCACCGUCACCGCAGAGCAUCGCCGCCCGCCCCCCGGGCCGCCGAACAUGGGGCUCCCGGUCACCAUCAAAGUCAACUUCCGGGGGAACGUGAAGAGAUUCCUGGCGCAGGACCUGGACAAGCUGGAGUGGGAGUCCGUGGAAGCCUGGAUCAAAGCGUCGUUCGGGAUCAACCACUUCCAGGUGAAGUACUUCGAUGAGGACAACGAGGAGAUCUGCAUCAACAGUCAAGAUGAAUAUGAAGAAGCCAUCAAGAGUGCAGAGAAGCAGGGGAACCAGUUGCACAUGAACGUGUACAAAAUGAAAGGGCAGGCCUGCGGAGGCCCUCUCAAGACGGAGGUGAAGGAGCUGAAAGGAGACCUCCGACCCGCUCCUCCGUACCCCUCCAGGGUCAAGACUGUGGACAAGGGCACGCAGGUCACCCCCGAGCGAGAAGCUGUCCCAGUAAAGGACAACAAGGGAAACAAACCAGAAGAUGAACCCCCUCCCAUGUGGUUUAGAGCUUACAUGGAAAAGUUUAAGGAUGAAGUGGUGAAAGAGGUCGUUGAAAGGAUGUGCAGUGAUUUUUCCGGCCAGUGCUGCACCCACAAAUCCUCUGAUGGGCCCCCUGAGCCCAGCGAGGCCAGUGGAGGACCCAUAGGCCCCCGGCCGGGCCCCUCCACCUCAAGCGGGUCACUUGGCUACACCCCGAACUGCAGUAGCUGCAACAAACUCACCUCUGAAGGGGCGUACAAGUGCAGUGUGUGUCCGUCCUGCAUCCUGUGUGAGAUGUGCCGACAUAGCCAUGACCCGAGCCACAACCUUGUGAGAACCAAGACACCGCUCUCCAUCCCCGAGCACGGGAUGUCUGGAGAGUUAAGGUUCCCACGGCGAGGAGACAGGACAGUGCGCAAGGCCGAGCGACAGCGCCUCAAAGCAGAAAGGAGGCAGCUAAGAGCAGAAGUGAAGGAAAUCAAGAAGAAACUGAGACUGGAGAAGAGGGGGCCGCAGUGGAGCGGGCCCUCUACCUCAGGCAGAGUCAACCUGGCAAACAUGGCCUCUGCGUCCACCCAGGUCCCAGCCCUGCCCCCCCCUGCUGACUCAGAAACAGCCUCAGGUCCAGCCCCAGCCCAAGGUCCCAUCCCCGCCCCGGUCCCCGACCCCCAGGCCUCCAGUCCAGAGGGUCCCGGGGUCUCGCAAGCAUCUUUGGUGCCCACUAUGGCUGCCUUGUUUCUGGAUGAAAAUCUGCCUGACGGCACCCGACUGGAGCCUGAUACCAAGUUCAUCAAGUACUGGAAGAUGAGGAACUCGGGCACUAUCAGCUGGACCUCAGAGACUAAGCUAGUGUUCAUGUGGGGAAACCUCGGCCUGGCGUCAGAGAAGAAGAGGGAGGUGCCGGUCCCCUUGCUGCACCCCGGACAGAUGGGGGUGGUCAGCGUGGCCUUUGUCGCUCCGGUGAUGGAGGGGACGUACACCUCCCACUGGCGGCUGGCGCACUGCGGGUGUCAGUUCGGCCCACGCGUGUGGUGCAGCAUCGUGGUCGACCCCGGGAACAGCCUCAACACACCCGGACAUCAGAGCAACAGACUGAAGGAGGAGGUGAGGACGGUGGAGAGGGAGAUGGAGCUGAGGUGUGAGGAGCUCCAUCACGAGGAUUUCUACUUCCCCUCAGUCGACCUUCUGACUGCACAGGAUCUACUCUCAUUUGAGUUGUUGGAUAUAAAUAUAGUUCAAGAGUUGGAGAAAGUUCCUAAUAACACCCCUGUUGAUCUGACGCCCUGUAUAUCCCCUCUGCCCCAUGAGCCACCACUUCUGGAGAAGGCCGUAACUUCCCAAAUAAAGGAAGACACAGAGGUCACAGGGGUCAGAACACUUUUUGGAGUGAAACUGAGGCAGCCGAGGGAGAUGUUGGAGCUUGUGACCCAGGAGGAGGAGGAGAAGGAGGAGAUCAGUGGAGCCCAGUUCCUCUGUGAGACCGUCAUCCGCUCCCUGACCUUGGAGGAAGCCCCGGACCACAGACCCCUACGCCGGCUUCAUCAGAGGAACCACAAACCACAGAUUGUUUCUCGCGGUCCAAGCUUUUGCGUUGAGAGACCAGCGGAGGCCGAGAAGAUGGAGAAGCCCCAAGAAGGAAACGUGGAUCUUUGUGCUCUGAGACUUGAGAGUUCAGAUCUGUCUCCGGACACAGGACUCAACCAGAUCAGCCAAGAAGAGGAGACGAGGCCGGUUCUUCUCCUGGAACCAGUGACUGAAAACCUGCACACCAGUUCACGUCGGGAUCUCGAGGAUGAAGAAGUCCUGGUAUUGGACGAGAUGCAGAUCAUGAAGGUCACUCAAGAGGAGAAAGACGAGGGAGCAGCCAAAGGAGAAGACUGGGAUGAGGUCAGCAGCCAGAGCUCCUCAGUCUCCUCCUGCGACGACUACAUCAUCGUCCUCCCAGACUGCUUUGACACCAGCCGUCCUCUGGGGGAGUCCAUGUACAGUUCCGCCAUGUCGCAGCCUGACAUCGCUGCGGCUGCUGCAGCUGCUGAAGAUGAUGAUGAUGAUGAUGAGACCACAGCUCCAGAUGUUCCGCAGCUGAAAGAAGGGGACGAGUCUGACUGCGAGCCGGGCAGGACGGCGGCGCCGAGCACGAAGGAGGAGGAGUCUGAGGCGGUCGUGGCUGAGGAUUUGUCGGUGGAAGUCUGGCUUCCUCCUGUCCCUCUGAUCCACAACAGCAUCAACCAGAUGCUGUGUGCGUCUCAGACUCUGGACGCUGUGACUCUCACCCCGGAGGUGGUGCCACCGCCGACUCUGGUCGACUCCCUGCUGUCCCCGCCGGCUCUCUACUCACCCAGGUCUGAGGCGCUGUACCUGGCCGAGGACCCGAGUCCUCCAGCCUGUGACCCAUACGAGCCGCGCCAGCCCAGGGUCCAUCUGAACGUGUCGUCCGGUCUGUCCAGAUCAGCAGGCUCCGCCUCCAGUGCCUUCGAGACGUACAACCCACGACCCGGCAACGCACUGCAGCCAAGGGGCCAAGGAGGCAUCACUGAGGGACUUGUCAAGGGCGCCCUCUCUGUGGCAGCGUCCGCUUAUAAGGCUCUCUUCACUGGACCAAACUGCCCGAUACAGCGGGGCAUCGACCCGGCCACCAGGCAGGACCCCUCCCUGAUGGCCAUGCUGCUGGAGAUGGGCUUCAGAGACCAUCGGCUCAACCAGCGGCUGCUGAGGAAGCACGGCUACAGCCUGCUGCACACCGUCAACGAGCUGGUGCAGAUGGCCGAGGAGCGGCAGAACGAAGCCGUCGAGGCCCGGCACUGAGGGGGGGGGGGGGUGGGGGCAAGAAGUGACCUCACAGUCGUCGGAGGGAAUGUAUUUGAGCAUAUUUCGACCUAUGUGUGGUUUUCCAAUGUCCUUUGAGUUAUUUAAAGACGAGAAAAACUAUUUCUGAUUCAGUGACAGGGUUGAUAGUUUAUUUGGACCAAUAGGACAAGAAUGUUACAACGAUUAAAAAAACAAAUAAAACUGCAUUUACUCCUCGUAAACCAUCGAUUAGAAUAAAACACUCAUGAACGGCUUCUUCUGCCUUUAAUUUAGCGUCAACAUUUGGAUGAAAUUAAACAUUAAUAUAUAUGAAAACACUUGUAGAUUAUUACGGACAGUGGUCGACCUCUGCCUUGUUUACCUGGACCGCACAACUUUACCGUGUCGGUCGAAAAGGACGUAGGAGGAAUUAAGUGUGUAACUCUGCUCUUCAUCUUCGUGUUGCUGUUGUAGCUGCUUCCUCUGCGCUGAAAAAUAAUCGUGUGUCGUCAGGGCUCGGCUAGAUCCUCCUCUCGAGCGGAGCGUGAGUAUCGUUGAGUGUCGUUGAUUAAAAGUGUUCUGAAGAGCCAGCUCUCGUUUUAAAGGCGACGUUACUGAAGCUGCAGCGGCCGGAGCAACACGCGUAUAGAUAUAUAUUUCCGAUCUUUUUCUCGAUUUUUCUCGUAGUGAAACCUGCCUAAUCAAUGCAAUCUUUUUCUUACUGUUAUUUUAGACGUUGACAUGUGGAAUGUAACCGUCCGGACGGCUCACCGUUCAGACUCCCCGGUGUUUUUUCUACUUGCUUCUUAGGAGACGCCUGCAUGACAGGUAGAGGCUUUAGAGACGAGUCGUGUUCUUGUGUCUUAGCAUCGUCCCCGUUGAAGCCGCGGCUCCACGCCCCCUCGCCCGCAUCUCCCGCGCGUCCUCAUCCGGCAAACUGAACCCUAGCUACCGCCACUUAGCACCGGUCCAAGCGUAGACGUCUCUGACAACACAUUCCAUGAUCUCUUAGUGGAACCAACUGUAUUCUGUUUCAUUAAAAGGCCUUUACAGGGGAUUUAUCAAAAUAUACAUAUGACGGUUUGAUGUUAUUUGUGGUGAAUGUGUGUGUGUGUGUGUGUGUGUGUAGAUUUAAUUUAACGUACGUUUCUGAUGAUUUGAGUUGAUUCUCCUAGUUUUUGUUUGUGCGGUUGAGGAUUUUAUGAACCAUAUUUUCUUAUGUUGAAUGAUUUUUCCACGAUUUAAAGGAUCAAAUCUUAAUAUAUCUACUAUGCUUGUCAAACUAUUCUUCUGCCACUGAGUGUAUUCAUCAAAUACCCGUCAGCUGUCGAUCCACCAAUAAAACGAUUUGCACAUCC